AUGCCUCCAUGUUGGCGCUCUGCCAUCUUGACUGUCCUAGCACUGUCGGGCGUCAUCACGGCUGCAAAUAUCACGUCAAGCACGACCUGUGGUGGAAAGUGUCAAUCACUCAGCACGACCGCUUCAUCAUGGGAGUCGGACCAGCACGCCGACCCAGACUAUUCGUUCUACACCAUCCCUUCCAACUUUUCAGCAAAGCUCGCACCAGGUAGCUUGCUUCAUGUGGAAGACGCAACCAACCUAUCAGUAUACAGUGUCCCAAGCGGUCUUUCCAUGUCCCGAAUCAUCUACACCACCACCGACCAGAAUGGAACGAUACUGCCCGCUUCAGCAUACGUCCUUUGGCCGUACACACCGCUGGCCGCUCCUGGUGUCAACAACACCCAGUACCCCUUGGUCGCCUGGGCUCACGGUACCUCUGGUGUUCUGAAGGCAUGUGCACCCAGCAACUACCGUAACCUGCAGUAUCAUUUCAUGGUCCCUUUCCUUCUUGCAUUACAAGGCAUGGCUGUUGUAGCCCCUGACUAUGCCGGACUUGGUUUCGACUCGUUACCCUCUGGUAAAGCUAUCGGACACCCUUGGCUAAAUGGGCCUGCACAGGCUAUGAACAUGGCAGAUGCGAUCACUGCCGUCCGGAAAGCGUUCCCCACCGAGCUUCCGCCUACGGGCCCUUUUGUCGCCAUGGGACAUUCCCAGGGAGGAGGAGCUGCAUGGUCAUUUGCUGAGCGCUUGGUCAAGAAGCCAAUUCCUGGAUACAAGGGUACCGUGGCUUUCGCUCCUCCCACACGUACAUUCGACCUACUGGCACAAGCGUUGUUGAACAGCACCCAGACUUGGGCACAGACUCUUCUGAGUCAGCAGCCUGCCCUCGUCCACGCCGUCACGGCUGUAUUUCCUUCUUACAACGACUCGGGCAUGACAUCGCUGGCAUACGACCGAUUUCAUAACGUGCUGGAACCACUUCAGGGUUGCCUACCUACAUACAGCCAGGUCUUUGCAGAUGUGCCACUAGACCAACUCACCCGCCCGGGCUGGAACAACAAUAGCUCUGUGGAGAGGUAUGCGCAGUUGUCUGAGACUGGACGCAAGCAGUUCAAGGGCCCCCUUCUGAUUCUUCAGGGUGAAGAUGAUGUGGUCGUGCCUUUGUUUACGGUCGAGUCAGCAGUGAACGACACUUGUGAAAUGCUCUCGCAACAGAAAUGGGGCGAGUCCCUGGAACUGGUCACGUAUUCUGCCAUGAAUCAUUUCCCCGUCAUGCAGGCCAGUGAGAUGAAAUGGUUGACAUGGGUGAAGGAUCGAUUUGCUGGCAAGCAGAUUGCGUCGACUGGGUGUGUGAGGAACUCGGUCAAGGGUCUCAAGACUGAUUCCACCUAUGAAUCCCUUGGUCCUAAUUUCCUGGAACUGUGGGCAAGUCCGAAUGAGGCGUGGAAACUUGCCUUGUGA